AGUACGGAACGGACUGCCCCAACCUCAGAGGACAUCCCCAACCCACCAACCCCGUAUUACGGGAAACAGCUACGCCGUUUCCGUAGCGCUGACGCGCUUUGUCCCAGCGUUGCCUUGUGGGGGUUGGAGUCCUGACGGGUGGGCUUCUCAACAGGCGAGGCGGAUCUGAGAACUACAAUUCCCGGAAGCCUUCGCGCGCGCUUGGGCAACUUCAGUGUAGCCAAGAAUUUUGGGGAAGCUUAUAGAAAGUGGGGGGGAGGGAGGCCGUGCGAAAGUGUGGGACCCCCGGGCUGGACUGAGGGGGAAUCGCUGUGUGCCGUUAUCACAGGGGGGUCCCCCCAUUACCUGAUGACAUGAUUCAUGGGGAUGGGCCUGCAGACAUGAGCAGUGAGGAGUCAGACAUGCAGAAUGCACACCAAGACCUGUCCGGAUCUUUUGAGAAGCAUGAGUCGGUGGCUACAACAGAAGCCAGAUUAAGAAUGGAAGGUGUAGAGUUAAAGGAGGAGUGGCAGGAUGAGGACUUUCCAAGACCUUUGCCAGAAGAUGACCAUAUUGAGGGUGAAUACUUAACUGGAGAAGGAAGAACAGCUUGGGCAUUUCCGGUGCUGGAUCAGUCAGUUUAUUGUAUCCCUUACUCAGCAUCUCAUAAUUCACUUCCAAGUCCUUUGGACAUGAACAGCAGUAAGAAGACUAGAAAGAAGUUAGCAGCCCCCAACCUUAGUUCUACACUGGAUUGCAGCGAUGGCUCAAUUUUAUCCGAGGACUUGGAUGAAAGUGGAGACUUGGAUUUAGAUGACGUAGAUACUCCUUCUGAGAACAGCAAUGAAUAUGAAUGGGAAGAUGAUCUUCCAAAACCAAAGACUACUGACGUUCUUCCAAAAGGAUCCAUACCUGAAUACACUGCCGCUGAGGAAAAAGAAGAGAGCCGGCGCUGGCGAUUGUUCAGAAUUGGAGAUCAGGAUCACAGGGUUGAUAUGUCUGCCAUAGAACCUUAUAAGAAAGUGAUAAGUCAUGGAGGCUAUUACGGGGAUGGUUUGAACGCCAUUAUCGUCUUUGCUGUAUGCUUUAUGCCAGACAGUAGUCAACCUAAUUAUCGCUAUCUAAUGGACAAUCUCUUUAAGUAUGUUAUUGGAACUUUGGAAAUGUUAGUUGCAGAGAACUACAUGAUAGUUUAUUUAAAUGGAGCCACAACACGGAGGAAGAUGCCAAGUCUGGGUUGGCUCAGAAGAUGCUAUCAGCAGAUUGAUAGAAGGUUACGGAAAAAUCUGAAAUCCUUAAUCAUAGUUCAUCCUUCCUGGUUUAUUAGAACACUUUUAGCUAUCACAAAGCCUUUCAUUAGUUCAAAAUUCAGCCAGAAAAUUAAAUACGUGUUUAGCCUGGUGGAAUUAGCAGAACUUAUUCCUAUGGAGUAUGUCAGCAUACCCGAAUGCAUAAAGGAGUAUGACGAAGGAAAAUUUAAAAAGAAACAGAAAAGAGUUGAUAAGGAUCUUAACAAGAAGACUGAAGACCAAUCUAGCGAGCAGUAAGAUUGUAUGAGCUGAAGAAUAUCCUUCAAGGAGCAAAAAAAAAGUGUUUGUCUGUUUUGUUCAUCCUGGCUUCUUUGUUUACCUGCUCUGACAGGUGCCUUUUGAAAUGUUACUCAUGUGUAUUUAUACAAGGAGCUACUUUCGUCUCCGUGGAAGAAAGGGCUCCCUAAGUACACAGUUACAGGUUAAAGUGUAAUAGGUUUUUCAUACAAUAAUGGUUCCUGUACAAGUUGAGUAGUUAUGUAAAUGCACUCAUUAUAUACAGUAUAAAUAUCUUAACUAACUUUGCUGGCACAGCUGCCAAAACAAUACAAUAUUACAGUGGCGUUGCCAAAGAAAAGUCCCAAGAUCUGAAAUUUCAGUUUUCUUUUACAUUAGAUUUCCAGUCGAAUGCAUCCUUGUGCAACGGUGACUGUAUUGUCAAGAAGAUCACUUGGGUAUAUAAGUGAUUCUGGGCUUUGUCAUCUUGUCACAAUUGUGUAAAGAUCCGUCCCAUACAGGACCAAAGUCAAACAAACCAAAUGGCUGCAGUAUGUUCAGUGGGGAAAUGUAGGUGAUUAGCAGAUUUGUUCUAUCUGUGUUUUAUUAUAAUCUAGGCUUCUGUUUGGAGCAGAUAUAUCUAUCUAAUUGAACUUUUUCCAUGGUGAAGAACAAACGGUUAUUUAUUAAAAUAAUAGAAUACAUUUAAACCAUCGGACAAAAACUGGUGACAUGCAGCCCCGGCCAUAUCCAUAUGUCUGCCCUUAUUGAUGUUACAGAUAUUUUAGUUUAGAAUAUGAAUUGCUAUGAAAAACAAAGUGGUCAACAAUAUAUAUAUAUUUUUAUUAAGUGUGUGUACAUAGAGGUAGGUUUGUUCGAGGUAUGCUGUUUACAUGUAUUGACUGCUAUGUUAACUCACCAACUUUGUGACACACAAUUAAGGAGUAAAAAUAAGCAUUUGAAAUCCUUUAGCACUCUUUUGGACAAUGUGCUAUCCUUCUUAAUCACAUAUGUGCAAUAAAGAUUGUCAGGUGUUUUAAGAAAUAUAUGUAACUAACAUGAACCCAGGUGACCUAAAGGCAAACAAAUAUACUGAAAUUUGCAUUACUGGCAUAUCAUAGCCCCAUAGUGCACAGCUUCCUCAUUGAAAACCAGUAGUUUAUAGAAAAUAAUUUAUUUUUACUAUGUUAUUGCAGGUCUUCAUCACAUUGUGUAGUUUUUUUUUUUUUUUCUGUUACCCUUUAACAAAGCAACUAGUUUAAUAUGGACUUUAACAUUCACCUGGUCAAUUAGCAGUGUUUUGCCCCGUGCUUUUAUUUGUUGUGAAGAUGGUUUUAGCUUAUUUUAGAGUUCAGUGUUAAAAGGAAAA